UUAAGUUCUGAGUCAAAAUGUUGUGUUUCUGAUAAGUUUUUAAGGUCAUUUUCAAGUUUGGCCAAGUUCUGACUAAGUUCUGAAUUUAAAUAUUGUGUUUUUGUGAAGAUUUUUGGUCUAGGAAAGUUUGGCUAAUUUUUUUAAGUUCUGAGUCAAAAUGUUGUGUUUCUGAUAAGUUUUUUAUGUUAUUUUCAAGUUUGGCCAAGUUCUAAGUUAUAAUUGAAAGUAUUGUGUUUUUGACAAGAUUAUAAGUGUGAAAGUUUGUGUUAAGUUCAUUGCAGUGAAAGUUGAUGUGUAUACUUAAGUUAUUCACUUAUAGAAACUUAUAAGGGCAUAAAGGUUACAUUGAAAAAAUUAGAGGAAUAAAUGUUUACUUAUUUUGUAUUGUGAGAGAGAGAGAGAGAGAGAGAGAGAGAGAGAGAGAGAGAGAGAGAGAGAGAGAGAGAGAGAGAGAGAGAGGUCAGGUGCCUUCUAAUGAUAAUAAUAAUAAUAAUAAUAAUAAUAAUAAUAAUAAUAAUAAUAACUAGUAUUCAUACCAAAAUAUCCAUCCAUAGAAAAUAUACAUGUUUUUUACUAUUAUUAUUAUUAUUAUUAUUAUUAUUAUUAUUAUUAUUAUUAUUAUUAUUAUUAUUAUUAUUACUACUACUACUACUACUACUACUACUACUACUACUACUACUACUACUACUACUACUACUACUACUACUACACUCCCAGCUCCACCACCACCACCACUACUACUACUACUACUACUACUACUACUACUACUACUACUACUACUACUACUACUACUACUACUACUACUAUUUUUUCCAUGCAAUUAGGCAUAUUAGGAUCAUCAUCAUCAGUAGUAGCAGUAGUAGGCCUAGUCAUUACACACAAUAAUUCAUAAUAAACUUGUAUAUAUAUUUUUCUGCAUAUUUCAAUUUCUUAUUUUAUUUAUUCCAAUGAUUUUAAGCAAUACACUCCAUGUUUAGACCUAUGUGUGUGUGUGUGUGUGUGUGUUAGGUGACCCAGCAUGACCUCACUGUGACCUCUGCAUUUUGAGUCAAGUCUGGUGAGAAAUUGAUGUACACUAGCAUUGAAACCAUUGGAGAUUCAAAUAAGCUAGGCAGUGUUGUGUUGUGUUCGGGGUGUUCGGCUAAGAAUUAAAAUUGUGUUUCGGAUAAGCUGGCCAGUGUUGUGUUGUGUUCAGGGUGUUUGGCAAAGGAAAAACUGUAUUUGGGAUAAGGUGUGUGCAUUUUUGGGUAUUUGGUGUAGGGUAAACUGAUGUAUUUUGGGUAAACCAGCAGAAUAUUGGAUAAAGUUGUGUUUGUGAUGAAAGAAAUUGUGUGUAGAAUAUUUAGGUGAAAGAUAAGCAGUGUUUUUUAAUUAGAUACAGAAGUGGUGUGUGUGUUUUUUUGGUGUUUGGUAAAGGAUGAACUGUUGUAAUUGAAAUGGUGUUGAGGAUUGUGAAAAUUUUGUUAAACUUAUUUCAUAGUAUCUAAUUCUUUUCUGUGGUCUUCUUCCUCCUCCUCUUUUUUCUUUCUUUCUUGUGUUCCUUCUUCCUCUUUCCCUUUCUUUUCUUUCUGGUGUUCCUUCUUCUUCCUCUUCUUUCUCUUGUCCUUUUCUUUUCUUGUUCCUUCUCCUUUCUCUUCUUCCUCUCUUCCUCUUCCUUCUGUCUUUUUGUUGUUUUGUUUUCCUUCUUCCUCUUCCUCUUCUUCCUUUGUUGUCUUGUCUCUUCUUCCUGUCUUCCUCUUUUAAUUUACUGUUUUAUGUUCCUCCUCCUCCUCCUCCUCUUCCUCUCUUUCAUUCUUCCCCUGUCAUCCUCUUCACUUCUUCAUUCUUCCCCUGUCAUCCUCUUCACUUCUGUCUUCCUUUAAUUCAUAUGUACCUCCUCCUCCUCAUCAUCCUCCUCUUUCUCUCUUCCCUGUCUUUUCCUCCUCAUCUCCUCAUCAUCAUCCUCUCUCUCUCUUCCCUGUGUGUUUUCCUCCUCAUCAUCCUCUUCCUCUCUUCCCUUUGUCUUUAAGUAAAAUUCAGGUUUGUCUAUGUUGUUAUUAUUAUUAUUAUUAUUAUUAUUAUUAUUAUUAUUAUAACAUUCUAAACUUUUCUAUAAGGAUUAAAUUUUGAUAUAUUGA